UCGAAAGCAGAGAUUCAAAACCACCUGAAAUCCUCCGCUGAUAUUCUCAUUCCCGAGUGCGCACGAAGUAAAAGAAAAUGCAAUUCCAUUAAUAAUCCAGAGAAACUCCUUCACUUUGAAGUUCGAUUGAAGAAAUUCAAAGAAAAUGGAGAGGGACGGCGAAGGAACAGUAGGCUCCCAGACGCAGAGGGUUAACAAUGGUCGUUCAAUUUCACCCGGUAGAGUCCGAACCGGAUCCGAUCCGUUCCUGGUGACUUGUAGACUGUUCAGCUUCGUUACUGCACUGGCUGCUAUUCUCUGCAUUGUUGUUAAUGUCUACUCUGCUGUCCGAUCCUUUACGCAUGGAUAUGACGUAUUUGAUGGAAUUUUCCGGUGUUAUGCUGUGGUGAUUGCGGUUAUUGUGGUUGUUGCGGAGACUGAAUGGGGAUUUUUCAUCAAGUUCUGGAAGGUGUUGGAGUUUUCAGCUGGAAGGGGCAUGCUACAGAUCUUUGUUGCAGUGAUGACCAGAGCUUAUCCUGAAGAUUAUGGGCAAAGGAAUGACCUCAUCCUUCUCCGGAACAUAGCUAGCUACUUUCUUCUUACCUGUGGUGCAAUUUACAUAAUAUCAGGAUUGUUGUGCUUUGGAUUUAUCAAACGUGCUCGUCAGGCAAAAGAAAUAUCCAGGGAGCAAGCAAUUAACGAUCUGCAGGAAUUGGAGCGUCGUAGAGAAGAGCUUGAAGCUCUGUUGAUACAGGAGAGGGCUUGAGCAAUAGAGCUGGCGUUUAUGGCUAUGGCAAAUCACUGUCGAAAUUGAGGAGAAAACUUGGAAAGGAAAGCUCAAACCUGAUGUUCAUGUGUUUUACCUGCCUUUUUACAUAUGUGAGAUUGAAAAUUUUCACUAGAUGUAUUGCAAAAUCUGUACAGUUACAUAAACCAUUUUCCUAACAGCAGUUAAAUCGUACUAAA